AUGUCGACGUACCCCAAUGGGGGUGAAAAGAAGCAAAUAUCAUCGUCGCACGACACAACUCAAAAUCAAUCUGAAGAUGCACUUUUAGUUGACAAUGGCUCUUUGACUGACUCUGAAACUCAAACCGAUGCUGUCAACUUGAUUUUAGCAGAUAUGAUAUCUGAGGUUGUAAAAGAAGCAGAUGCAGUUGAAACGGAAAAAUCGGAUAAAGCUGUGUGUGCCGAUAAUGUCAAACCUGCCGAUUUCAUGAAUGCCGAUGAAGUUAUAAAAUCAGCCGAAACUAUGUACACAGACGGGUUUGUGGAUGCAGAUAACACAGCUCAAAUUCAAGCUGAAGCUCACGGCGGUGCUAUUAGUUCGGCUGUUAAAGUAAUUGCUGAAGUUGUAAAAUAUGCCGAACCAGCCCAAGUUAUACCAGAUGCUUUCCUCGAACAAGCCGAUCCAACAAACGCAGAAGAAUUGCUAGAGCCAGCCGAAGCUAUGAACACAAUGGAGCUUGCCGGACCAGACGCUUUCCUUGAACAAGCCGAUCCAACAAACGCAGAAGAAUUGCUAGAGCCAGCCGAAGCUAUGAACACAAUGGAGCUUGCCGGACCAGAUGCUUUGCUCGAACAUGCCGAUCCAACAAACGCAGAAGAAUUGCUAGAGCCAGCCGAAGCUAUGAACACAAAGGAUCUUGCCGGACCAGACGCUUUCCUCGAACAAGCCGAUCCAACAAACGCAGAAGAAUUGCUAGAGCCAGCCGAAGCUAUGAACACAAAGGAUCUUGCCGGACCAGAUGCUUUCCUCGAACAUGCCGAUCCAACAAACGCAGAAGAAUUUCUGGAGCCAGCCGAAGCUAUGAACACAAAGGAUCUUGCCGGACCAGACGCUUUCCUCGAACAAGCCGAUCCAACAAACGCAGAAGAAUUUCUGGAGCCAGCCGAAGCUAUGAACACAAUGGAGCUUGCCGGACCAGAUGCUUUCCUCGAACAUGCCGAUCCAACAAACGCAGAAGAAUUGCUAGAGCCAGCCGAAGCUAUGAACACAAUGGAGCUUGCCGGACCAGAUGCUUUCCUCGAACAUGCCGAUCCAACAAACGCAGAAGAAUUUCUGGAGCCAGCCGAAGCUAUGAACACAAUGGAGCUUGCCGGACCAGAUGCUUUCCUCGAACAUGCCGAUCCAACAAACGCAGAAGAAUUUCUGGAGCCAGCCGAAGCUAUGAACACAAUGGAGCUUGCCGGACCAGAUGCUUUCCUCGAACAUGCCGAUCCAACAAACGCAGAAGAAUUUCUGGAGCCAGCCGAAGCUAUGAACACAAUGGAGCUUGCCGUACCAGAUGCUUUCCUCGAACAUGCCGAUCCAACAAACGCAGAAGAAUUGCUAGAACCAGCCGAAGCUAUGAACACAAUGGAGCUUGCCGGACCAGAUGCUUUCCUCGAACAUGCCGAUCCAACAAACGCAGAAGAAUUGCUAGAGCCAGCCGAAGCUAUGAACACAAAGGAUCUUGCCGGACCAGACGCUUUCCUCGAACAUGCCGAUCCAACAAACGCAGAAGAAUUGCUAGAGCCAGCCGAAGCUAUGAACACAAUGGAGCUUGCCGGACCAGACGCUUUCCUCGAACAAGCCGAUCCAACAAACGCAGAAGAAUUGCUAGAGCCAGCCGAAGCUAUGAACACAAAGGAUCUUGCCGGGCCAGACGCUUUCCUCGAACAUGCCGAUCCAACAAACGCAGAAGAAUUGCUAGAGCCAGCCGAAGCUAUGAACACAAUGGAGCUUGCCGGACCAGAUGCUUUCCUCGAACAUGCCGUUCCAACAAACGCAGAAGAAUUGCUAGAGCCAGCCGAAGCUAUGAACACAAAGGAUCUUGCCGGGCCAGACGCUUUCCUCGAACAUGCCGAUCCAACAAACGCAGAAGAAUUUCUGGAGCCAGCCGAAGCUAUGAACACAAAGGAUCUUGCCGGACCAGACGCUUUCCUCGAACAAGCCGAUCCAACAAACGCAGAAGAAUUGCUAGAGCCAGCCGAAGCUAUGAACACAAUGGAGCUUGCCGGACCAGAUGCUUUCCUCGAACAAGCCGAUCCAACAAACGCAGAAGAAUUGCUAGAGCCAGCCGAAGCUAUGAACACAAUGGAGCUUGCCGGACCAGAUGCUUUCCUCGAACAUGCCGAUCCAACAAACGCAGAAGAAUUUCUGGAGCCAGCCGAAGCUAUGAACACAAUGGAGCUUGCCGGACCAGAUGCUUUCCUCGAACAUGCCGAUCCAACAAACGCAGAAGAAUUGCUAGAGCCAGCCGAAGCUAUGAACACAAUGGAGCUUGCCGGACCAGAUGCUUUCCUCGAACAUGCCGAUCCAACAAACGCAGAAGAAUUUCUGGAGCCAGCCGAAGCUAUGAACACAAUGGAGCUUGCCGGACCAGAUGCUUUCCUCGAACAUGCCGAUCCAACAAACGCAGAAGAAUUGCUAGAGCCAGCCGAAGCUAUGGACGAAAAGGGGCUUGUCAGAAGCGAUGAAUCAGUCGAACAAGCCGAUCGCAUAAGCGUACAAGAAGCUGAGGCUGCAGAUGCUCCAGAUAUGGAAGAACAAAAUGCGAAGAUUCAAAAACGAAGAAAAGGAAGAAAAACAACCAAAUUUGGAAGACCGGCAGCAAACCGAAAAAGAAAGACGGAAGAUGCUCAAAAUGAACCUUCUGGAGUGGAAGAAAUUAAAGGACUUAUUCGCUUCAAGGUCCGAUGUGUUCCAGAAUUGGAAAGAACACUAGUGGAAGCAUUUAAAAAAGAAACCAGUCAAUCCAGUGCUGAUGUCAUUUCCAAGAUGACCGAUGGAAAAGUUCUGAUAACGGUGGAAAAGAUUCAUACGUACGCAAUUUGCAAGAAACUGGAGCCCGUGUGGAAAAGGAUGUGCACACGUUUCCACAAUAAAUACUCAUUUGAAUCCACAGAGGUCACCAUAUAUCUAAAAGAUCCGUCCGAAUAUAAUUUCGAUAUGUCUUUGUGCGGAAAAUCUUUUGAUGCCGAAAAGGACACGAUUUCUCUGCCAGCACCGCUGACUGCUUCUUCUACUCCGCACGAAACUGAUCAGACUGUCGAUCCGGAUGAGUCUAUUGCUCCAGCUAAGAGAAAAACUCGAACUCACGUUAAAACUCGAGUUGUUGUUAAAACUAAAGCAGAAGCUCUAACUGAAGCUGAAGGACCUGAUGAAGCGUCAAACGGGUCUGAGGUCCCAGCAGAAGCUGAAGCUCCAUAUGAAGCUGAAGCAGAUGCUCCAAUUGAGGCUGAAGCUCCAACAGAGUUUGAAGCCCUAGUAGAAGCUGAAGCUCGAACUGAAACGGUUGAUACUGAACUUCAACAUGAAGCUGUAGCUGAUUCUGAAGCUCCAACUGAGAUUGAAGUUCUAGCGGAAGCUGAAGUUUUAACUAAUUCUGAAGUUCGGGUUGAUGCUGAAACUAUAGCUGACUCGCAUGAUCCAACUGAGGCGGAAGUUACUGAGAAAAUAGCAAUCACAUCGGAGACAAAUGACAUGGAGGGAGUAACUGAAAAUGCGAUGACGAUGAAUAGAGACAAGAAAAUGGAGUCGUCGGUAGAAGAAUCAUUUACAAAGAAACAUAGAGAGGUCCAAAAGUUAAAAAGCGAUAUCGAAACUAUGGUCAAGCAGUAUCAGGAAGCAAACAAAGAACGUGUUAAAUGGGAAGAAAAAACAAGAAAACUGGAGAUUGGCAUCGCGCUAUUGACAGGCGAGAUGCGAGCCAUCGAGAGGCAGAUAGCAGAUGAAACGCGAGCCAACGGAAAAGAUGGACGGCAAACAUCGGAUGAGUGUCUGCACAUGAACGAAAAAUCCUUCUCUACUGCUGUCGAUGAAAUCAUGCUGCUUGCCGCGCCUGCUAAUUUGCCCGAAACCGAUAACCAAUAUACAGAAGAAACAGAAUCUCCAAAUAAUGUUGAAGAUCCAGCAGAGGCUGAAGUUCGAGUGGAUGAUGAUGCUCCAACUGCGGCUGAAGUUCCAACUGAACCUGAAACACCAACGGAGAAUGAAGCGCCAAUUGAGGGUGAAAAACCGACAAAAGUUAGAAGACGAGGAAGGGGUAAAAGACGGGCAAUAUUUUCGCGACUGUCUGGAACUCAAAGCCGGAAACGAAAGGCGCAAGAAGCGAACUCUGAAUCAAAAAUCGUCGAACAAGUUGCCAUGAAUUCCGGAAAGAAAAGAAAGCUAAACGAAGCAAAUGCUGUAAAAGGACUUAUUCGCUUCAAGGUCCGAUGUGUUCCUGAAUUGGAAAAACCACUAGUGGAAGCAUUUAAAAAAGAAACCAGUCAAUCCAGUGCUGAUGUCAUUUCCAAGAUGACCGAUGGAAAAGUUCUGAUAACGGUGGAAAAGAUUCAUACCUACGCAAUUUGCAAGAAACUUGAGCCCGUGUGGAAAAGGAUGUGCACACGUUUCCACAAUAAAUACUCAUUUGAAUCCACAGAGGUCACCAUAUAUCUAAAGGAUCCGACCGAAUAUAAUUUCGAGUAA